AUGCGGCGGCGAAGCCCACCACGGCCGCGCCUUCUGAGAAUCCGAAUGGCUUGGAAGGAAACACCGGGGAGCGGGAGGGGACGACCAGCCCUGAGAAGCGUUUCGAGCCCCCAGUGCAGACCGUGCUCGGAGCGUCGGCUGACCGCCGCGGCCCCCGUACCGGAGCUGCGGUCCCGCCUAAGCCCGGACGACGCCCCGCUUUACCUCUACCGAGGCCUCUCACGGCGGCCGCCAUGUUGGCCAUUCCGGAUGGUGUGGACGAAAUUCGUCCUACGCUUCCACGUGGAAGGAUCUAAAAAGGGUUCCUCCCCGGAAUUGGCCGAGGGGGAAGGAUUAGAAAGAGCAAGAGGAAAAGGGGCGGGGACAGAGGCGGCCGUGCGAGCCGGCCCGGAAUCGCGCGGCGGCGGACGCCGGGGCCCCGUGGCGGUGCUCCCGUCCGUCUUCCGUGCUGGGACCUGCGCUCCGCGGUUCCGGGCCGGCCGCUCAACGCAGCCUCGGAGGAACCCGCGCUUCGGGGAGAUGCAGUCCCGGGCGGUGCAGUUUACUUCUUUCCCGCGCCCUCGGCCGCGCUCAGGCCGGUGCGGUUACGGCACCGAGAGAGCCCGGGGAGGCGCGAGAAACCAAAGCCGGAGAGCAUCACCGACUUCAGUCGUCCGGUUCCCAGCCUCGGUCAUCUGGCCGGUCUGUGUGCUCCUGUGUGCCUCAGGUGAGAAGGAGGUACCGUGAACACCUCAUCCUGGGACUCGGAGCAGCGUGUCCGUGCGUGUCCGUGCAUGUCAGAGCAGCCGCGUUAAAGCAGUAGAGGUGCAACCUCUCCCCUUGCCCACUUGGACCCCCAGAACUGGACGGCAUCCAUCACAUGGGAUCCAGAAUCCAGUUAUUGCUGAAUAACAACAUGUCAAGAGGUUCUUUAGUUUGAGACUUAAUUAAAAACUACAAAAUCCACACUCUGAAA